AUGAAGGAGGUGGAUUAUUAUCAGGAGCAGAGCGGAGAAAGUCUGGAUUUAGAAGAAAAAACAGAUAUUAAAACCCUCGGAGUCAGUCAAGAGCAGGACGCUAAUGUAAGCCAAACCUCUGAUGCCCCACAGCUGUUGGUAAUUAAAGAAGAAGUUUCUCCUGAAUGGAGCCAAACUCUGGAGCAGCAGUACCCAAACCUCCACAUAAAGGAAGAGCAGGAGGAAACGUGGAGCACUCAGGAGGAAAAGCCACCUAAUGGGCUCCUCGUCACUGGUGUUCCUGUGAAGAGUGAAGGUGAUGAUAAUGGUGAUUUGGAACCUCAGUUGUCAGAGCUGCAUCAAAGCCAAAUUGAAGUUAAAAAAGAGGAUGACCCUCCGAUCAGCAGCUCAGCUAAUCACAUAAAAACAGAAACAGGUGGAGCACCAGAAACAACCUCAGAUCCACACAGUGAUUCAGAGCCUAAUACUGAAGAAAAAGCUUCAGAUGCUUUUGAGGCAGAUGUUAGUAUUGACAGUGAUGAUGAUGAUGAUAAUACUGAUGAUGACGAUGAAUGGGAGGAAUCUAUGUCUGAUUCUUUACCUGAAACUAAAGACAGUGACAAUGCAAAGGAGUUGGGUGCAAAUCCUGCUAAAACAUCCUUCAGCUGCUCUGAGUGUGGUGAAAACUUUCUCUCCAAGCAGUCUCUUCAGAGUCACAUGACAAGUCAUUCAGGAAAAACACCUUCCAGCCGUCUGCUUAGUAAGAAAUGCUCCAGAGUGAAGCAGAAAGCAGAUUCAAAGACAAGUGUUGACAAAGGAGAGAAACCAUAUGUUUGCAGUGACUGUGGACACAGAUUCAGACAUCGCUUUAAUCUUAAAAGACACAUGAGAGUCCACACAGGAGAGAAUCCUUUUAGUUGUGACAUUUGUGGUAGAAGAUUUAAACAGCAGUGCAGUCUCAAAAGACACACCAGACGCCACAAAGGAGAGAAAUCAUUUAAUUGUGAAGUUUGUGGUAAAAGAUUUAAUGUAAGGGAUGAUCUCAGGCAACACAUGAAGUGCCACACAGGAGAGAAACCGUUUGGCUGUCAGCUUUGUGGAAAAAUGUAUAGAGAUCAGUGUGGGCUUAAGAGGCACAUGAUAGUCCACUCAGGAGAGAGACCGUUCCACUGUGAUAUUUGUGGUAAAACAUUUAAUGAAAAGAAGUCGCUUAGUAAGCAUGCAGUAAUUCACACAGAAGAGAAACCAUUCAGUUGUUAUGUUUGUGGUAAAAGAUUUAGACAUCAGUGUAACGUUAAAACACAUAUGAGAGUUCACACAGGAGAGCGACCAUUUAAUUGUGAUGUGUGUGGUAAAAAUUUUAACCAACAGACAAUUCUUAAAAAGCACCAAACAGUCCACACUGAAGAUAAACAAUCUAGUCCAAAAAGAUGCGAACAUAAGCUUAUUAAAGCGCGAACAGAAGAGAAGCCAUUUGGUUGUGAUGUUUGUGGUAAAAGAUUUGGACAAAAGUGUAAUCUUAAAUCACACAUGAGAGUCCACACAGGAGAGAAACCUUUUACGUGUGGUGACUGUGGUAAAAGGUUUAGUCAUAAGUGUCAACUUAAAGCACACAUGAGAAUACACACAGGAGAGAAACCAUUUUGUUGUGACAGUUGUGGCAGAAAAUUUAGACAUCAGUCUAGUCUUAAUACUCACAUGAGAGUUCACACGGGAGAGAGACCAUUUGGUUGUGAUAUGUGUGAACGAAAAUUUAGCCAAAAGGUACUCCUCCAGAGACACAGCAAAGCUCACAAUGAAGCGAGUCUUGUAUGAGGGGAAGGUUAGCUGCAGCAAUAGUGGAUAAAACAAAGAAUUGUACCACUUAGGAGAUUCAACAAAGCCAGGCUUACUUUGUGUUAGCUGGCUUGACAAAGACAGAAAUAAAGGUAUAGUUAUUGACUUUCUUUGUUAACCCAGGCUCACACAAAAGAGGGUGUCGAUUGAUUCAACUUUUGUACAAAAUAAAAUGAUCACAGCUCUAUUCAAUCAGAGACAUUGUAUCAGAGAAAUUAUCAUUUCA